AUGAAAUUAGAAACUGGUACGAGAGUCUGGCUCAGGGACUCGGUACACGGAUGGAUUGGUGCCGCUGUCACUGGAACAUCCGCAGGCAGCAAAUCAGAUGAAUUGGUUCAUUUACGGACUUCCAACGGCCCAACUCAAAUCGCUGUCAACAACACAGACGAUCAUCCACCUCUGCGGAGUUUUACACAGGAGCAGAAUUUCGUGGAUGAUCUCACUCAGCUUCAUCUACUAAACGAGCCAAAUUUGCUUAUUACACUAAGAAGCCGUUUCGAGCGCAGAAUCAUUUAUACGUACUCAGGAUUAGUUCUCGUAGCCCUCAAUCCAUAUGCAGAUACCUCAAUUUACUCAAACGAUCAUAUACUCCACUACGCCUCCGAUAAUCCUCCGAGCCAGCCUCAUAUCUACUCUGUUGCUCGAUCAGCUUACGACGGUAUCUGUAACGCAAAGCGCAAUCAGACUAUCAUUGUCAGCGGUGAAUCUGGUGCUGGUAAGACUGUCUCAGCGAGGCACAUCAUGCGCUAUUUCGCUGUUGCAGGUAAAACCAAGGAUAAAAACACCAUCACUUCAACAGAAGAGCGCAUCUUAGCCACAAACCCUGUCAUGGAAGCAUUUGGUAACGCCAAAACACUCAGGAAUAGCAACAGUAGUCGUUUCGGUCGUUACUUGCAGAUAUACUUUGAUGACAAGAGCAGUAUAGUUGGUGCACAUAUACGCAUUUUCUUGCUGGAGAGGUCGAGGCUGGUUUAUCAACCGCACAACGAACGUAACACUCACAUUUUUUACCAGCUCUGCGCAGGCCUCAAGACAGACUUUAGUCUCAAGAGGGAGUUGAAGCUCGGUUCGGCUGACGAAUACAACUACCUCAAUCAAGGCCAGUGUUCUAGACUGCCUGGCGUUGAUGAUGCUUUCAACUUUGACAUUACUAGGCGUGCCAUGACCUCAUUAGGUAUUGAUAACAGUACACAAAAACAAAUAUUCAGACUACUCGCCGCAUUGUUGCAUUUGGGUAACAUCGAAAUCAAACAAACUUCUUCUACCAGACAAGAUGCAUCCGUCUCAAUCACCGACUCAAGCCUACUGCAUGCCGCAGAGUUGUUGGGUAUAUCAGCAAUCGCAUUUCAAAAAGGAUUGAUGCAUAAAACUAUCGGUGUUGGAAGAAUAAGAGCUGAAUCUGAGAAGAUUGUCACGUCGCUCAAUAAAGAUCAGGCCACCACUGCGAGAGAUUCACUGGGUAGACAUAUUUAUACCAGAUUAUUCGACUGGCUUGUUAUUAAGCUCAAUUCUACCCUUCUUUCAAAAGAGUCUGGUGCCUCGGAUAGUGCUCGACAGUUUGUCGGUGUGUUGGACAUAUACGGCUUUGAGCACUUCCAUAAGAACUCCUUUGAGCAGUUCUGCAUCAACUACGCAAACGAAAAGCUGCAGCAGGAGUUCUACAACCACACCUUUAAACUAUCGCAGGAAGAGUAUGAUCGCGAGGGAUUGAAGGUCGCAUACAUCAAUUACCCAGACAACCAACCCUGCAUUGAAAUGAUAGAAUCUAGAGUUGGUUUGCUUGCCCUUCUCGACGAGCAGUGUCGAUUGCCUGCAGGCACUGACGCAGGACUGCGCACCAAGAUGGAUGAAAUGCUGCGCUCGCCUUACAAGAAGGCUUUGUUUUCAGGUAGCAAGAGCAACUCGCUAGGUGCAGGUGCAUUCACGGUCGCGCACUACGCCCAAGAUGUGACUUACGAUGUAGACGGAUUUCUAGAAAAGAAUAGAGAUUCUGUACCGGAGGAGCACAAAAAUCUGCUCAAUGAAGCUCAAAAUUCAUUUGUUAAGGAAGUUUGUACAGCCGAUCUCACACCGACGACACCGCCAAGCAUUGUCUCUACACCUACGCAACCAUUGAAAACACCUUUACAAGCAGUUCACUCGCCCCCGUCAAGGUCUAGUGUAGAUGAACUGUCUAGCGCUUUCAGCAAAGGUCAUAUUCGCUCACCUUCAACAAUCCCGCCUAGUUGGCCACCCGCAUCGCCUGGCUCGCCGUCUCUCAGCGCGCCAACUCUGCGUAAACAGCCAACGUUAGGAGGCACAUUUAAAAUGUCAUUGAAUAAUCUAAUGACAACGAUAAACGACACUGACACACACUACAUACGUUGUAUCAAACCAGCCAAUCAAGAAAACGCAUCAUGGUCAUUCGACAACCAAAAAGUAUUAUCGCAAUUAAGAGCAUCUGGCGUGCUCGAAACUAUCAGAAUAAGCAGAGCAGGAUACCCGUCCAAGAUGACAUUCGACAAAUUUGUUGAAAAAUACGACAUACUGAUAUCACAACGCGAAACGAAACUUAAAUCGAACAACGACAGAAAAGCAUCUUUCAAGAUACUGGAGGGGACAAUCACCAACAAGACACUAUAUGCCAUUGGGAGAACUAAGGUGUUUAUGCGAGUUGGUGUGUUGGCUCAUCUCGACAAAUUGCGGUCAAUAUUGCUAGCAAGGAUUGUGGCUAUACAAGCCAGCGCACGCUCGACAAUCUCCACCAAGCGCUACAUCCGUCACCAAGCCAGCAUAGCGGUGGAAGCUAAGCUAUAUGUAAGCCUGCAAGCCGUAUCGCGGACCAAGCUAGUCAUGCUGCGUGUCGGCGAAGCGCUUACCCAGCGACUGGAAAACGUUCGCAUCAGACACGCCGAAAAGGAGCGUUGGGAAAGGAAGGCACUCGCGCAAGCUGAAAAAGAGAAUGCAAGACUAUCAAAUGCCUGGAUGGCACCUGACGCUAAUGUGGAUGUGAAUGUGAACACAAAUUUGGGUGUCCGGCGUCCGGAGAAGUCCCCAAUCAGGUAUCAGAACAGCGCUGGUAAGGGUGAUGACGAGGAGGUUAUUGGGACUGGGAGUGUGGAAGUGCUGGAGCAUUCACGUAAGGUGUUCCACCACGCUAACAAACCCUCUUUUGCAAGCUCAUUGGCAAGCUCCCUGACAAGCUCUUCGUCUUAUGCUACAGCCUACAUGGACGAGAUUAUCCCGCCAACAAAACCUCCCCGAAACGCUGCUAGAAAUAGUCGGAACGUGACUCCAAACUCUGAUACGAGCUCGCGCACUUCCACCGGCAGAACAAGCUCCAUCAUUAGAGGCCCCACACCAACACCCCCAGAACGCACAACUAGUCUCUCAAACGCUAACGAUCCACGAGUUCUGUGGAGUGUGUUAGAGAAGGCAAUUGACAGGGACAGCGCGCAUAGGUUUCCGAGAAAACAGACCAGUGACGAGGUAGUCACAACCCAUGAUUUAAGAACAAUCCCCAAGACAACCAUGGCAAGUAGUUUCAAUAUCUUCAACUAG